ACCAACGCCAACUGUAGCUGAACCAUAACUCUGUUGCUAGCAGAGAACAGCAGGCGGAGGUCACGGUUGUUCAUCUUGCGAGUUGUAUUUAUCUAAAAUAGGUUAAAUAUACCCACGUAUACAAAUGCUAAUCGUAUGGGGAAAUGUAAUUACAUUGUUCUAAUGUUUUUCCAUGGGACUAGACCGCAGCAGGUGACAGCAAGUCAGUGACAAUAUGAGUCCUGCAUUUGUGCCAAUAACUGUCCACGGCUGUUGUCACCGAAAAAGCUGGCUGCACUCAACAGCAGCCAGAGGGUUUCCCUGUCCCAUGCCACAAGUCAUCACACUCUACACCAAACAGCUGGUGACACUAGGCCACCACACAACGACGAAACAUGAAUAGAUACACAACGCUCCGGCAGCUGGGCGAUGGCACCUAUGGCUCCGUCAACCUCGGCCGCAGCCUGGAGUCCGGAGAGCUCGUCGCCAUCAAGAAGAUGAAGAAGAAGUUUUAUUCCUGGGAGGAGUGUAUGAAUUUACGAGAGGUUAAGUCCUUGAAGAAGCUCAACCAUGCCAAUGUGGUCAAACUGAAGGAGGUGAUCCGGGAAAACGACCAGCUGUACUUCGUCUUUGAGUACAUGAAGGAGAACCUGUAUCAGCUUAUGAAAGAUAGGACCCGCCUCUUCCCCGAGUCGGCCGUCAGGAAUAUCAUGUUCCAGAUACUGCAGGGUCUCGCCUUCAUUCAUAAACAUGGCUUUUUCCACCGGGAUCUGAAGCCGGAGAAUCUGCUGUGUAUGGGCCCUGAGCUGGUGAAGAUAGCUGACUUUGGCCUGGCCCGCGAGAUCCGCUCCCGCCCCCCCUACACAGACUACGUCUCCACCAGAUGGUACCGGGCUCCAGAGGUGCUGUUGCGGUCCACCUCCUACAGCUCCCCCAUAGACCAGUGGGCCGUAGGCUGCAUCAUGGCCGAACUCUACACCCUCCGGCCCCUCUUCCCCGGCUCCAGCGAGGUCGACACCAUCUUCAAGAUUUGCCAAGUCCUCGGCACGCCCAGGAAGGGUGAGUGGCUGGAGGGUCAUCAGCUGGCGUCUGCCAUGAAGUUCCGCUGGCCGCAGUGCGUCCCCACCAGCCUGCGAAGCCUCCUGCCCAGCGCCAGCAGCGAGGCCGUCCAGCUCAUGAAGGACCUGAUACAGUGGGACCCCAAAAAGAGGCCCACCGCCAGCCAGGCCCUGCGCUACUCCUACUUCAGCGUGGGCCAGGCUCUGGGUACGCCGCAGCAGAUCCUGGAUCAGUCCCGCCCGCAGCCCCAGGCCUCCUCUCCAGCCCUCCAGCAGCACCACAGGCACCAGCAGCAGCCACAUACACAGCCACAGUUCCGGCAGCCUGUUCCACCAGCCCAGCCGCCCCCCCAGCCCCCCGCUACACAGCCCCCCGCUCUCUUCCCCCAGCGGCCCCUGCAGCAGAUCCAGCCCCCAUCUGUGCCGCUCUACCAACGCCACGCGGAGCUCGCCAUUCCGGAUCCUUCCAUCUGCUUGGGCAAGCAGCAGCAGCAGCAGCAGACGACGCAUACGCAAGAAGAGGGAGAGCGGGGACUCAAGACACGCCUCCCACUCAUACACGACAAGGGCACACGCGGCACACAGGAGUCGGAGAACACAAACUUCUCAGGUUUUUCCAGUAAGCCCAAAGCUGGCCGGCGGAGAUGGGGCCAUGGGGCCACCGGAGUGCUGAAAGACGACUGGGAUGACUACGAGGACAUCGAUACGACUAUCACACUCCUGGGCAAAACCGGACACUCCACCGACAAACACAGACAAGGAGACGACGCCCCAAACAGGUAUGGAGCUGUGACCAAUUACAGUCCUACUGUUGGGAGGAGCGAGGCCUCUGCUAAUUUAAACAACAUCCUGGGCUACCCCGACCAGUCCAGAACCGCCUCCGCCAAACAACAUUACUUGAAGCAGUCCAGAUAUCUGCCAGGGUUGAGUACGAAGAAGAAUGUGGCGAUGGGUUCGAGUAAAGACUACAGUGGGAGCGGUCAGUGGGGGGCCAGCACCAUUCCCAUGGGAGGGACACUGCCACUCCGAGGACACCACGGCACUCUUCCAAGUAGUUAUGUGUCCUCCUUCUACAAGAAAGAGCCCGGCCCUCUGAACCCAAGAGUACAGUUGGCACCUACAGUUGACUCAAAACCAUCAAAUUAUGCAACGUGGAGGUCUUCUCGGAGCCUGGGAGGAGCGGGAGCAUCAUCCUACAGCGCCUCACCCACCAAGAGCACCCCCACCACACGCCCCCGACCGCCCGUCCACCCCGUGCACGGACGCACCGACUGGUCUGCCAAAUACGGCCACAACUAGUUAACUAAUGUGGCUAGCUACGUACUUUACCGGAUGGACUAGUUAGCUAAUGUGGCUAGCUACGUACCUUACCGGAUGGACUAGAUAACUAAUGUGGCUAGCUACGUACCUUACCGGAUGGACUAGAUAGCUAAUGUGGCUAGCUACAUACCUUACUGGAUGGACUAGAUAACCAAUGUGGCUAGCUAUGUACCUUACCGGAUGGAAUAAUUAACUAAUGUGGCUAGCUACGGUACGUACCUUACAGGAUGGACUCUUUGGUGGCCUUGACUUACUGGUUACUGUAUUGUUAAUAUUCGUUUUUCCCCCUCUCAUGGAUUUUUUGUAACUCAAAAUCCUGUACAUAUGGCUUCUAUGUCAAUCAGCAAUAAUAACUGUUUUUUGUAUUUUUACUGUAUACUGUUGGUGUACAUUUUUGUUAAAUAUAAAUACAUGUAUCUGUGCGGGUAUGUCAUGUUCUCAGUGUAGUGGGUUGUUAAGCUUUUAUUUUGUGUCAUUUUUCUGUUCUUCUUUUGAGUAUUUGUGGGAAAUGCAAUUGCUUAUGCAAAUAAUUUCUUGUCCGAGAUGGUGUGCGUAAACUGUAAAUUGGAGUACAUAUUUACACAGUAUACACGGAUGUAUCCCCUUUUUGCCCUUUUAACCAACGUGUGGCCAUAUUUCUCAACAUAAAACAGCUGCAUGUGGAACUACCCACGUAUUGUACACCAUAAAUGUCAAUGUGUCAAUGACCGUGUUCUUUUUGUACCAUUUUUUUAAUAUUAUGAAUUUUCAAAACUUUUUUUUUUGGUCUUUUGUUUUUAAAGUACUGUCAUUGUCUUUAUAUUGUGAUGUUCAUAUUAAAGGUUUUUUUCUAUUACUUAACAGUG